AGUCACUGGGAGUGAAGGGAAGCUCCAUGAUCACAGGCCUGCAGGGAAUCCCUGAGGAAAGAAUCCUAGAGGCAAGGGGCCAUGGACCUGAUCCCAAGCUUUUCCGUGGAAACCUGGGUUCUCCUGGCUACCAGCCUGGUGCUCCUCUACCUAUAUGGGACUUAUUCCCAUGGACGUUUUAAGAAGCUGGGGAUUCCCGGGCCAUCACCUCUGCCUUAUUUUGGAAAUGUUCUGUCCUACCGGAAGGGUGUUUGGGAUUUUGACAAUGAAUGUUUUAAAAAGUAUGGAAAAAUGUGGGGGUUUUAUGAAGGUCGCCGGUGUUUGCUGGCUCUCACAGAUCCAGAGAUGAUCAAAACUGUGCUAGUGAAAGAAUGUUAUUCUGUCUUCACAAACCGGAAGCCCCCUGGUCCAGUGGGAGUUCUGAAAACAGCCAUCACUCUAGCUGAGGAUGAACAAUGGAAGAGAAUACGGACGCUACUGUCUCCAACCUUCACCAGUGGGAAGCUCAAGGAGAUGUUCCCCAUUCUUGGCCAGUAUGGAGAUGUGUUGGUGAGGAACCUGAAGAAGGAAGCAGAGAAAGGCAAGCCCAUCAACAUGAAAGACAUCUUCGGGGCCUACAGCAUGGAUGUGAUUACUAGCACAUCAUUUGGAGUGAACGUUGAUUCCCUCAACAACCCACAAGAUCCCUUUGUGGAAUAUGGCAGGAAAAUCUCAACAAUUGAUUUCUUCAAUCUAUUGACUCUCUCAUUUGUGUUGUUUCCAUUCCUCGGUCCAGUCUUUGAAGCAUUAAAUAUUAGUCUGUUUCCAAAAAGUUCUGUGAAUUUUUUCACAAAAUCUGUUAAAAGGAUGAAAGAAAGUCGCCUCAAAGAUAAACAAAUGCACCGAGUGGACUUUCUGCAGCUGAUGAUUAACUCCCAGAAUUCCAAGGAAGUUGACACCCAUAAUGCUCUGUCUGACUUAGAACUCGUGGCCCAAGGUAUUAUCUUUAUUUUUGCUGGCUACGAGACCACUAGCAGUUCUCUUUCCUUCCUCAUAUAUGAAUUGGCCACUCACCCUGAUGUCCAGCAGAAGCUGCAGGAGGAGAUUGAUGCCACUUUCCCCAAUAAGGCACCUCCCACCUACGAUGGCCUGGCACAGAUGGACUAUCUUGACAUGGUGCUGAAUGAAUCUCUGAGAUUGUUCCCGAUUAUUGGCAGACUUGAGAGGGUCUGUAAGAGAGAUGUGGACAUCCAUGGAGUGUUCAUUCCCAAAGGGACAGUGAUGAUGGUGCCAGUCUUCGCUAUUCACAGAGACCCGGAGCUCUGGCCAGAGCCUGAGGAGUUCCGCCCCGAAAGGUUCAGUAAGAAGAACAAGGACAGCAUAAAUCCUUACACUUACCUGCCUUUUGGCACUGGACCCCGCAACUGCAUUGGCAUGAGAUUUGCUAUCAUGAACAUGAAACUUGCUCUCGUCAAAGUCCUGCAGAACUUCUCCUUCAAGCCUUGUAAAGAAACACAGAUCCCCCUGAAAUUAAACACUCAGAGACUUUUGAAACCGGAAAAACCCAUUGUUCUAACGGUUGUGCCCAGAGAUGGUACCAUAAGUGGAGCCUGACUUUCCCUAAGGCCUUGGGCUUUGUUCUGCAAGGAGCUGUGACCCAGAAUUUCAGAAAACUUGAUUACUUUGUGAUAAAACCCAGAAAUAAAGAUGGGCGUCACCUACUGUGCUUGCUGUGUGACGAGGGAUUUAGCUUUCUCAGUGUCUAUGCCCUGUUCCAUAUAAUGUAACAUGAGAGAGGUGACUAACGAGGGCCGGAUACACACAUGCAGCUUAUCUGGUUCUCAUGGGACCAUCUCCACCCACCCCCACUUAGUACCAUUUACUCCUCCUGAGCACUGACCAAGAAUGAAAAUGUCUCAAAAAUUUAAUCAGCAAAUUAAGGAAAACAAGAAUUAUUGUGGUGACUGAAGCACUGACAUUUACACC